UCACCUGGAACAGAAGCCGGAAGUGUGAGAUCCGGCAGCAGUUGGAGUGUGGUACAUACGGUUCGGCAGGUCCGUUCAACAAGCGGAAAAAUGAUUUCGGAAGGAAGUUCAUUUAUGCGUGGAUUGUUGAUAGGAGGAGCAUUUUGUAUUUUCAUUACUUUGAUAGGACAUAUAAAAGUUGCCCAUGAAUCUACCACAUCUCAUGAACAUCAUCACGUACAAGCUCUAAAUAAAGAAGAGGUUCUGAAACUUUCUGAGAAUGAGUUGAGUCAAAAUAUGCGAGUGUAUUGUAUAAUCCUGGUAAAACCAAAAGACCUUACAUUGUGGGCAGCAGCAAAGGACACAUGGGUCAAGCAUUGUGACAAAGCCGAAUUUUACAGCUCGGAAGAAGUUAAAGCAUUUGAAUCAAUAUCUGUUAACACCAAUGACAUGUGGGCAAUGAUCAGAAAAGCUAUCCAGAUAGCCUAUGAGAAAAACAAAAGCGAGUACAGUUGGUUUUUCAUAAGCCAGCCUUCUGUCUUUGCCGUGAUUGAAAACCUGAAGUUCUUCUUGCUAAAAAAAGAUCCUUCUCAGCCAUUCUACAUUGGUCAUACGUCUACGUCUGGAGACCUGGAAUAUGUUGACAUUGCAGGAGGCAUUGUUUUGAGUGUGGAGUCUCUAAACCGGCUUAUCGCUGUUUUCAAUGAACCAGAUAAGUGCCCUGAGAGUGGAGGUAUAAUAUGGAAAGUCUCUGAAGACAAACAAUUGGCUAUGUGCUUGAAGUACAAAAAUGUGUUGGCUGAGAAUGCAGAAGAUUCUGAAGGAAAAAAUGUCUUCAAUACAAAAUCUGUCGGCACCCUUAUAAAGGAAGCAAUGGAAAAUGAUCCACAGAAAGUAGUGGAGGGAUGCUGCUCAGAUAUGGCCAUUACAUUCAGUGGACUAUCUCCUAACAAUAUGCAGGUCAUGAUGUAUGGCGUAUACAGGUUACGAGCUUACGGACAUAGUUUUAAUGAUGCUUUGGUAUUUAUGCCACCAGAGAACUCUAAUAAUGAUUAAAUAUUUGUAGUGUAAUACCAGCUACUGGAUUCAUCUCAUCCUCCGCAAUGUAAAGUACUAUAGAAUUCUUCACACUUUAACUUUUUAAGGACCAAUAAUGACCUUUGUCAUCGUAAAAGACUGCUUCUUAGACACCUAAUCUAAUAUGAAAUGUCCCACACGUAACAUCAGCAAGUAAACAGGACAUUUCAUGAUGGUAUGGGGUCUUCAGGAACUAGGUUGUGUUCAUGGUAUUAAAUAUCACUGGUCCUUAAAUAGUUUAUCAAGGAGCUGGCAACCUGACUUUCUCCAGCCAUUUGGUUGUACUAGUGCACCUACGGUUCUCUGGCAACUAAAGUUGGCAGUGAAACUGGAUUCCCAACAGCUGUAAUCUAUUCAUAACUAGAGUUAUUUCAUUCAUGAAGCUCCUAACCUAGUUUUAUUUUUAUUAGAUUUUUUUUUGUUAUUUUAAAGGAACAUUGUUUACUGUACAGCAUAGGCAGCAAAAGCUUUGGAAUUUGAGCUGUUUCCUGUGAUGCCCUCCAAAUGGCUGGCAUGGCUUUCUAAAAAAAAAAAACAGCUGGAGUUCCAAAGCCACAGAUAAACAGAUAUUUUUUUUUUCUUUUGUUUUUCUUGAAGAUAUGUAAAUUAUCAAAGUACUUGCCGGCUUGUAAUAACACCGAAUUUUACAAAUGGAUAACUUUUGCACUCAAAAUCUAUUUUUAUAAAACUCAACGACAUGGGUAGUUCUGUUUCAAAGUGAGCAUUUUUAAAGGUAUUUUUGAUUAUUAUUUUUUUCUUUUGAAUACUCCCUGUGGGAGAUGGAACGUUCUGGUGUGUGUGUAUUGCCUGUGAAAUAAUUAGGUAACAUGAUUCCAUUGCCAAACUGUCACAUGCACGGUUAUGUUUGUGCUGUUACAAUAUGCGUUUAAUUCUAUUGUAGUUGCCCAUCUGUAGCAAGGUACCACAUAAAGGGCAGCCAGUUUCCUGUAGGAGGAAUUGUAUCUGAAGGAAAAAACAAAAAAAACACAACACUAAAUGGAUAUUACAGGUGUGCUGACAGGAGACCCCUGAGAACCUGGCCGUUUGCCAUGUUGGCCUGUCAUAGUCCAACAUUCCUUUGAAAAUAAUUGGCAUUAAGUAAGCUACGGAGGCUUUAAAUGAUCUGAAUCGUGUACAGGACAAAAUUGGUACCAUUUCUAGUUAAGUUUUUCAAUUCUCUAACCUAUCCCUAGAAUCUUGACGUGUAAUUUCUUCUGCUGUUGGCAAAGCACGUUCAACAUGACUGACAUAACUCCGCAAUUAUUACUUUGGACUUUUAAUCCUGCAGACAAGCGCAUGUUCAUACAGAGCUAUUCACCAAAGUGAGAAUAUCUAAUUUAAGACUAAAGUAUCCAAACUGAAAGCAUAGUUUAUGUAGAAAUCUUUUCCAUUUUGACCGUAAAAUUUGAAUUUCUAACAGUUUUCACUUAGUUGAGUAACUCUGAUAGUUU